AUGCCUGCGGUAGGAGGAAUAAGCGUCGGAGGGGGCAAGGCGUACCCUGGGAGCCUCACUCCUUUCGUGACGGUAACAUGCAUAGUUGCAGCGAUGGGUGGUUUGAUCUUCGGCUACGAUAUCGGAAUUUCUGGUGGGGUCACGUCCAUGGAUCCGUUUCUGCUAAAGUUCUUCCCGUCGGUCUACCGGAAGAAGAACUUGGACAAAACGACGAACCAGUACUGCCAAUACGACAGCCAAACACUCACGAUGUUCACCUCGUCGCUGUACCUGGCGGCGUUGCUGUCGUCACUGGUUGCCUCCACCGUUACGCGGCGGUUCGGCCGAAAACUCUCCAUGCUUUUCGGAGGUCUGCUUUUCCUCGUCGGUGCUUUCAUAAACGGUUUCGCCCAAAGCGUGUGGAUGCUCAUCGUGGGUCGGAUCUUGCUCGGGUUCGGUAUCGGGUUCGCCAAUCAGUCUGUGCCUCUCUACCUCUCUGAGAUGGCUCCAUACAAGUACAGAGGAGCAUUGAACAUUGGCUUCCAAUUGUCAAUCACAAUUGGAAUACUUGUGGCCAAUGUGUUGAACUACUUCUUUGCCAAAAUCAAAGGUGGUUGGGGAUGGAGGUUGAGUUUGGGUGGUGCAAUGGUCCCUGCCCUCAUAAUCACAGUUGGAUCACUGGUCCUUCCAGACACUCCCAAUUCAAUGAUUGAAAGGGGUGAUCGUGAGAAAGCCAAGGCUCAGCUUCGGAGAGUUCGUGGUGUGAGUGAUGUUGAUGAAGAGUUCGAUGAUUUAAUUGCAGCUAGUGAAGCUUCAAGCCAAGUAGAUCACCCAUGGAGGAACUUGUUGCAAAGAAAGUACAGACCCCACCUCACUAUGGCAAUCAUGAUUCCAUUCUUCCAGCAACUUACUGGAAUCAAUGUCAUCAUGUUUUACGCGCCUGUGCUCUUCAGCUCCAUUGGGUUUAAGGAUGAUAAUGCUCUAAUGUCAGCUGUGAUCACGGGUGUUGUUAACGUUGUUGCAACUUGUGUCUCAAUUUAUGGUGUUGAUAAAUGGGGUAGGAGAGCCCUUUUCCUUGAAGGUGGUGCUCAAAUGCUCAUUUGCCAGGCUGUGGUUGCAGCUGCUAUUGGAGCCAAGUUUGGAAUUGAUGGUAACCCUGGUGAUUUGCCAAAGUGGUAUGCAGUUGUCGUGGUACUCUUCAUUUGCAUUUACGUAGCAGCAUUUGCCUGGUCAUGGGGUCCCCUAGGUUGGUUGGUGCCUAGUGAGAUCUUUCCAUUGGAGAUUCGUUCGGCAGCUCAAAGUAUCACCGUGUCGGUGAACAUGUUUUUCACUUUCUUGAUUGCGCAAGUCUUCUUGACAAUGCUUUGCCACAUGAAGUUUGGCUUGUUCAUCUUCUUCGCCUUCUUUGUGGUGGUGAUGACAUUCUUCGUUUUCUUCCUUUUGCCUGAAACCAAGGGCAUUCCAAUUGAAGAAAUGGGCCAGGUUUGGAGGGCACACCCAUUCUGGUCCAGAUUCGUGGAACAUGAAGAUCAUGACAAUCGUGUUGAGAUGGGCAAAGGGGGCUAUUAA